AUGGGCCAGGCCCAGCCGGCGGGGUUCCUCAUUGGGCAGCUGCUCUCAGCGUUCGAGAUGUUCCGGAUGGCGAUGAGAGCGGCAGGACUGGAGCAAGGCUCCGAGGGGUUCGGUGCGAGCUCUCCACUGGAGUCGGAGUCGGAGUCGGAGUCAGAGUUUGUGUCGGCGUCGUCGGAGUCGUCGGAGCCGGCAGGGGAACUCGGGACAAGCAGGAAGCGGGUGGUGCCCGGUAUCAUCUACCUGGGCCAUAUCCCGCCGUGCUUCCGGCCCCCGCACGUGCGGAACUUGCUCAGUGUCCAUGGCGAGAUCGGGCGCGUCUUCUUCCAGCCGGAGGAUCGGUUGGGCCAAAGGAGGACACUGACGGGCGCUUCCGGGGGCAGCCACCGCUUGGGGCUGGACUACACCGAGGGCUGGGUGGAGUUCCGGGACAAGCGGGUGGCCAAGCGAGUGGUGGCCAGCCUGCACAACACGCCCAUGGGCGCCCAGCGCCGCAGCCCCUUCCGUUAUGACCUAUGGAACCUGAAGUACUUGCAUCGAUUCAAGUGGAGUCAUCUGAGCGAGCGCCUGGUCUAUGAGCGGCAGGUCCGGCAGCAGCGUGUCCGGGCAGAGAUCUCUCAGGCCAAGCGGGAAACAGACUUUUACCUGCAGAGCGUGGAGAAGAGCAGACGUUUCCUGAAGGAGGCAGAGAUUGCCUUGGCUGCUUGUGGGGAGGGAUCAGUAGUCCGAGAGAGGAGCUGGGGUUUCAUCCAGCGCCCCACAGAACUGGAGAUCAGAAAGCACAGAGAAAUUCAGGCCAGCCAGGGCAAGGAACAACAACUAGCCCAGAUAUACGAGCUUGCCGAGAAGGCCCAGCCAAAUGAGCCUUUGCUGGCCAAAAUUUUCGGUCCUGGGGCCUGAUUUUUCUGUGACACUGACUUCAGUAACCUCAGCCUGGCCAGCACAGUACAAAGGGGCAUGACAGGAAUGGGACGUGGAAAUCUAGUUCAGUUCCGGAUUCAUUCUCUGCCUAAUGGCAGCUUCCCAGGAACUGCUUUGUCUUAAUAAUAAACUUCAGACUACAGCUUUAACUUUCAAAUAACAUUAAAUUGUUGCAGGAGGGA